UAUAUACAUCUCUUCGAGAAAACAUCAAAAAUCUUUUCUUCUUUUUCAGUAAAACAGUAUACAUUAACUAUAUUCGAAAUUCCAAAUUUGUUCUGUAAUGUUCUGAUCACAUAGAUAAUUUAUAGCACUUUGAAGGCUAUACACCUUUCGCCAAAGUUUUGGUAAAUGUUUACAUAAAAUUUGCACCCCAACUGCAUGCAAUAUUUUUAAAUUGUCCGUCAGAAACAAUUUCUCAGAUACCAAGCGGGAGUAUGCGUAUCUUCGGCAAAAUGACACAUCUAUUGCACAUCUCUCGAUGUUUGAGCUAUCAUGCACCUAUUUGUCGACCGCAUCGACUACUCCAUGGUAGUUGCAAGCAAUGGAAAAAGAUUUGCUCAAAGUGUGUGUGCUGGCAACCAACGCCAUCUCAGUUAAUUGAGCUACUUCCAUCAGUACCUACGAUGAUACACGUUCAGCUCUAUUCGCAACGUUCAUCAAGUGUUUUUACCCCACAAACGAGUGUGGAUAUGCUGCGCAAACGCAUUAGUUUUAGUGGAACACCAUCCGAAAGCGAGAUCGGCGAGUCGACGUCCAAUGUGGUGCCUGUGGGCAUCAUAAUGCCAGAGGCAAAGGAUGGUAAGCAAUUAAAGAUUGUUAUUGUGCCUCUUGACCUGGCCAAUCAGGAUAUCGAGAGUCUGCGUAAUACCCUCGAGGCGCUGAACCAGCUUCGCAUUCAUGCUAGUGAAAUAGACGCUUUCACCAAUAGUAUGAUCGAAGACCUGAACAACGAAGAAGCAGCACAGUCCUCCAUUGAGCAACACCAGCCAGCCGUCAUCGAGGAGAUUACGGAUGACAAACAGAAGCUGAGUUUCUUUGAAGGAUAUGUUCAAGGUGUCAAGAGUGCAGCCAACGAAAGUGUGGCUGAAGCUGCUAAAAACGCCGAAACGGCCGAAACUACCAUAGCUGUAGGAGCUGCCGAAUCUGCCGCGACUGAGGCGACUGUCACGACUACCGAGACUGUCGCGACUGCCGCGCCUACCGCGACUGCCGUGACUACCGAGACUGCCGAAACUGCUGAUGCAUCUGCUGGUUCUGUUGCCGUAAGUGCAACCGAAACUAAGAAGGUAACAGCCGAAGUCCCAAUUAUUACCAGCGAAAGUCAAAAUGCAAAAAGCGAAACUGCGACAAGUGAACAAGUUAAAAAUAUGGCAAGCGAGGCUCCAAAACAAGCUGAAAUCGUGCAGAAAGAAAGCGAAGCCCCAUGUUUGAUAACAUCUAAAGCGAUCGAGGAAACUGCACCCGUUUCCGAAAUGACUGAAACAGCCGAGACAACCUCGGGUUUGCCUGCUACUUCUGCCGUGCCUUCGCACGCAGCAGAUAUUACUCCAAUGACGCCCUUGCCGUACACGCCAUCCAUACCUUCUGCACCAAGCCAAACACCAGCGGCACCGAUCACCACGCCUAGUACACCACAAACUAUGCCACAGGCGAUGCCUCUUGGGGAUCCAAAAGAGCCGCAAAUUAGUGCCAAGCACGAAACCGCUUCGAAGGCAGAUUCAAACGAGGUGGCUAGCGCUGAGAAUCAAGUAGAUCAAAUAAGCAUCGAAGUGCCAGAUUGUUUGGGUCAGCGAUUGAACGAUAUGGCCAUUGCUUCAAUGCAUUUGUCCUUUGAAAUGGAUAUGACGAAUGUGAGAGAUGCCCUGAUAAACGGUGAAUUGGCUCAGCAACCCGAACCCACUUUAGGUAAAGAUGCUAUGGUUUUUCUGGAAACUAAAGUGGAAGCCGAUCCGGAAAAUCAACCGCAAAACACUGUUCCCCUGCGAUUCAAUGCGUUGAUAAAGGGCAUGGUUCAAAUCGAUGCUGACAAGCUCGACCCAGCUCAUUUGAGCGAUGAACAAUUACCGGAGUAUAAUGACACGGUGACUUCAAUUGCCGCCAGCAUAUGUAGCACUGCUCUGCAGCGUGGAUUCGCAACUGAAGCGAUGAAUGCUGCCGAACAGCAAGAGCAACCGCCACAGGAUCAAUUAAACCAGCAGCAGAAGCAACAGCAGCAGCAGCCGACGACUCAGGUUGACUUGCCUGUUAAUACAGACAAGUUAAAGGACGUAGUUGCACCCAUUCACGCUGGAGGCAAAAUAGCAACAAAUGCUGGACGCAUGGCAUUGAAACGCAACCAGGCAAUGAAACACAUGAAGCAGAGUGUAACCAUGAGCGCUGUAGCUGAACCCAACUAUGAAGAUAAACAGACAUUUGUUAGUCCACAGCUUAAGGAUGGCUGCAAGAAUCCCAUUGUGAAGAAAAAAAAGAAGUGCCCUAAGAAAUGCCCACUGAUCGAUGAUCCCUGCAAGGAGGAUAAAUGUAAGCGUCCGCAGCCGAAAAAGACUCAAAAGAAAGCAGAAAAUACAACUGAAAUAACAGCUAGUGCGAAAAAAUGCAGUAAAGACGGUAAAGGUGGCAAAAAAGACAAAAAAGACAGUAAGGGCGACAAAAAGAAGGAUCCCUGCGCAAAAUUCAAGGGAGGUAAGGGCGAUAAGGGAGGCAAAAAAGAUUCUUCCAAGGGCGGUAAAGACGGUAAAAAAAAGGAUCCCUGUGCCAAAAAGGGAGCAGGAGAUAAGGAUAAGAAAAAAGAUCCUUGCGCUAAGUUCAAGAAAAGCGCCCAAAAAGGAAAAAAGGACGCCGAUAAAAAGGGAGGCAAGAAAUGUGACAAAAAGGGAGCCAAAGGCAGUAAGGGCGGUAAAGGUGAGAAAAAGAAAGAUCCCUGCGCUAAAUUUAAGAAAGGCGGCGAUAAAAAAGGCGGAAAAUCCGAUAAGAAGAAAGAUCCCUGCGCUAAAUCUAAGAAAGGCGCCGAUAAGAAAGGCGCUGAUAAGAAAGGCGGAAAAUCCGAUAAGAAGAAAGAUCCCUGCGCUAAAUUUAAGAAAGGCGCCGAUAAGAAAGGCGGAAAAUCCGAUAAGAAGAAAGAUCCCUGUAAGAAAAAGUACUCAACAUACGCUAGCCCCUAUGGCUCACAGUUUAACUUUACCCGCAAUCCUAAACGCUGCAUGUCGUCACUCACAUUGAAUGGGCCAAAAACUCUCACUGAAAAGAAAACCUCGAAAUUCCUACUGAAACUUCGACCCCAUUUUAAAGCUUACACUAGCAGAGUACGUUCCAGUUACGAAAACAAACAAGCAAUCAUUUCCAACUGCUCUCUAAAGAAAAAGGCAAACACAUCUUCAAAGGCUCCCGCCAAGUUUCGUGUGUAUUCGACCUUAGUUCGUCGUCAUUAUGACGGUAUGCCUUCGACCACACAGAUGAGUGCCUGGGGUAUUACGUCGCAGAUUGUGCGUAAUCAGAUCCAACGUGGGUACAGCAAAAAGUCAAAAAAGAAGAAGAGCAAGAAAGAAAUGGAUAGCAAAUGUAUCGCACUCAAAAAUAAAAGCAAACCAUUGAAGCGUAAGGACAUUAAAGCCCGCACGGGUCUACGUACCGAUUGCCAUAAUCCAAAUUUAGACGGAUGUCCCAAAAAGUUUUGUAGCGGUGUAUGUGGCAAGGUCAAAACUCCGCGGAAGAAAUGCGCAAGGGAUAAUAAGCAGCCAGCGAGUCCAAAAAUGCCCAAAAAGCCCAAGAAGAAGCUACCAGCUAUAUGCAUGGUAGGAAAAAAGACCAAAAAAGGCAAAGAAAGAAAUAAGCUCCUAGCCCCGGGCGUUAUAAUUAAUAAUCAAAUGCGAAUGCUCAGCAAUAAAGCUUAUACAAAGCGGUGCAUUUGCCAAGCUCAAGAGGCACAGAUAACGGUGGAAGAAGGAGCCGACGAUGAUUCCAAUACAAUGGAGGUAGUACGUAUUCCUGCAUCAUAUCAGAUAAGUAGGGAACGACAGCCACAACCGGAUGUCAGACCUUUUGAUGUACUUAUUGACACCGGGUCAAUAGCGCUUACUGGCUCGGACAUACAUGUUUAUGAGAAUGCGAAUAAAAAUAUGGAAGGUAUGACUUUGGGGCACGAUGCCACUGGAUUUGUAGAAAAAGUCGGAAGCUGUGUAAAACAUCUGCAUGUGGGUGAUCGUGUUGUCAUAGAGUCGGCCCUGUCCUGUGGAAUUUGUGAUUAUUGCAAGCGAGGCUUGUAUAACAUCUGCGCCGAUCUGAUGUAUAACGGCUUUUUAGCUACACACCAGACGCAUCCAGCAGACCUUUGUCAUCGUCUUCCCGAUAGCAUUAGCUUGGAGGAAGGCACCCUCACGCAAACCCUGGCGAUGGGCUGUCAAGCGUGUUUCAAAGCUGAAGUAUCGCCCACAAGCAAUAUUCUAAUUAUCGGAUCAAGCCCAACGGCUGUAGCAGCAGCAAUGUGUGCAAAAGCAAUUGGUGCUCAAAAGGUAACCAUUGCCGGCAGCAUGAACUCUUCGCUGAAAAUGGUUGAAACUGAUUUUGGCUUCAAUACAAUAUAUUUCGAUUCAAAUGCGCUGUUCGGAGAAGUGCUAGAAAACGUGUAUAACAAGUUCCAAGAAUGGCCCAACUGCGCCAUUAACUGCGCUAUUUCACCGAUGACCAUGAAUCUAGCUGUCAUGGCAUUACAGCCAUGCAGUGCAUGUAUUCUAGCCGAAUGCGAAUCCGAAUGCGCCAGCUUCAAUGCACUAGACAUACUAAUGAAAAACAUACGACUUAUACCAAGCUUUCGUUCUGCAAAUAUGUACCCAACGGCUUUACAACUAAUUAAAUCUGGUCGUGCACCGAUGCAUAAAUUCAUUGCAAAAACUUUCUCAUGGAGCAUGUUAGAAGAAGCGUUCAAGAGUGCGCAGCAUGAGUCCAACAUUGGAUUACGAAAAAUUAUCGUUAAUAAUACAGAAGAGAUCAACAUUGGGGGACUGUUCAAAAAAAAACCUAAAAACCAUUUUUGACCACCUUUAGGUAUACAAAUUUUUUUGUUCUAGUAUCCUUUUGCUGUAUAAAACAAAGGCUUUGUAAAAAAAAAUAAACACUUUUUAAAAACAAA